AUGGCAGAGUUUGGAUGGCGAGAUCCCGAGCUUCCAGAAGUUAUACAGAUGUUACAGCAUCAAUUUCCCUCAGUACAGUCCAAUGCUGCAGCCUACUUACAACACUUGUGUUUCGGAGACAAUAAAAUAAAAGCAGAGAUAAGAAGACAAGGCGGAAUACAAUUACUGGUGGACCUAUUGGACCAUCGGAUGACAGAAGUCCACCGUAGUGCCUGUGGAGCUUUGAGAAACUUGGUAUACGGCAAGGCAAACGACGACAACAAAAUUGCUCUGAAAAACUGUGGUGGUAUCCCAGCAUUAGUACGGUUACUCCGCAAGACUACAGAUUUGGAAAUCAGAGAACUGGUCACAGGAGUUCUCUGGAAUCUGUCCUCCUGUGAUGCACUGAAAAUGCCAAUCAUCCAGGAUGCCCUCGCAGUGUUGACCAAUGCAGUGAUCAUCCCUCACUCUGGAUGGGAAAACUCUCCGCUCCAGGAUGAUCAUAAAAUACAACUCCAUUCAUCACAGGUGCUGCGCAAUGCCACUGGGUGCCUAAGGAACGUCAGCUCUGCUGGAGAGGAGGCCCGCCGGAGGAUGAGGGAGUGCGACGGCCUGACGGACGCGUUGCUGUACGUGAUCCAGUCUGCUCUGGGGAGCAGUGAAAUUGAUAGUAAGACCGUUGAAAACUGUGUGUGCAUUUUGAGGAACCUCUCAUACAGGCUAGCUGCAGAAACAUCUCAGGGACAGCAGAUGGGAACAGAUGAACUUGAUGGAUUACUCUGUGGUGAUGCCAAUGGAAAAGACACAGAGAGUUCGGGGUGCUGGGGAAAGAAGAAGAAGAAAAAGAAAUCACAAGAUCAGUGGGAUGGCGUAGGACCUCUCCCAGACUGUGCAGAACCACCCAAAGGAAUCCAGAUGCUGUGGCACCCUUCAAUAGUCAAACCCUACCUCACACUUCUUUCUGAGUGCUCGAAUCCAGACACGCUGGAGGGGGCAGCAGGGGCACUGCAGAACUUGGCUGCUGGGAGUUGGAAGUGGUCAGUGUAUAUCCGCGCUGCUGUCCGCAAAGAAAAAGGAUUGCCAAUCCUGGUGGAACUGCUUCGAAUAGACAAUGACCGGGUGGUAUGUGCAGUUGCUACAGCUUUACGAAACAUGGCCUUAGAUGUCAGAAAUAAGGAAUUAAUAGGCAAGUAUGCCAUGAGGGAUCUGGUCCACCGACUGCCAGGCGCUAACAGCAGCAACAGCUCAGCGAGCAAGGCCAUGUCUGAUGACACCGUUACUGCCAUUUGCUGCACUCUGCAUGAAGUCAUCACUAAAAACAUGGAGAAUGCCAAGGCCUUACGAGACGCAGGCGGCAUUGAGAAACUGGUUGGCAUAUCUAAGAGUAAAGGAGACAAGCAUUCGCCAAAAGUGGUGAAAGCAGCAUCUCAGGUCCUCAAUAGUAUGUGGCAGUACAGAGACCUGAGAAGUCUCUACAAGAAGGACGGAUGGUCGCAGUAUCACUUUGUAGCCUCAUCUUCAACAAUAGAAAGGGAUCGGCAAAGACCCUACUCUUCAUCACGCACGCCCUCCAUCUCUCCCGUGCGCAUGUCUCCUAACAACCGCUCAGCAAGUGCCCCAGCCUCACCUCGGGAAAUGAUCAGCCUAAAAGAAAGAAAAACAGACUAUGAAUCUACUGGAACAAACGCCACUUACCAUGGAAAUAAGGGAGAACACACUUCUAGGAAAGACACCAUGACAGCUCAGAACACUGGAAUCUCAACUUUGUACAGGAAUUCAUAUGGUGCACCUGCUGAAGAUAUCAAACAUAACCAGGUUUCAACACAGCCAGUUCCACAGGAGCCCAGCAGAAAAGACUACGAACCAUAUCAGCCGUUUCAAAACUCAACGAGAAACUAUGAUGAGUCCUUCUUUGAGGACCAAGUGCAUCAUCGUCCACCUGCAAGCGAAUACAACAUGCACCUGGGACUAAAGUCAACUGGCAACUACGUCGACUUCUAUUCAGCUGCUCGUCCCUAUAGUGAACUUAACUAUGAAACAAGCCACUAUCCAGCCUCUCCCGACUCCUGGGUUUGAGACUUGGGCAGAUACAAAAGCUCCAGGAACUGUGCAUGUGCAUGCAUACCACAAGACAUUUUUUUUCCUGCAGAUUUAGUUUGUUAAAGCCUGUUCCAUAGGAAGGCCCAGAUAACCAGUAUGGGAAAAAUUAAGAGAUUUUUUUUUUAGAAGGCUAAAAGAUACGAAAGCUAAACCUGGGAGUAAUUAGAAAGAAAUAUAUAUACACGUAUAUAUAUAUUUUACAGUGUAGGGCAACUUCACUGUUGGCCUGUAGAGUCUAAAGUUUGGUGCUGUGUAUUGAAUGUGGCUGAAAGAAGGAGGGAGAACAUGACAGUGGGUGUGGGUCAAGAGUUAAGCACAAAUAACUGAGCAGCGUACAUACUUUAUGGGGAACAGCUUCUCACACUUUGUUUAAUAUCCUCAUUCAUUGUGAAUCUAGGCUUCAAGUUGCAUUUGGGGUUUCCUCUGUACAGCAAGAUGUUUCUUGCCUUUUGUUAAUGCAUUGUUGUAAAGUAUUUGAUGUACAUUACAGAUAAAAAAACAAACAAGUGCAUUGUGUAUAUUACACCAAUGCCACAGUGUUUCUUCAUCUAUGGUUCUAAAUAUUGCUUCAAUUUCAAAUUUUGAAAGAUGUACGAAUUUCCAGUUUUUUUGUUUCUUUUUCCCCGGUGCGUUUUAACAAAAAAAAAAAAAUCAAAAAAAAUCAAAAAAACAAAAAGGAAUAUUUAGCAGUAUUGUUCGUUCUGAUAUGUGAAUUUGUUUGUGGCAACUAAAAAAAAGGCAUUCAGCAGUUUCUGACAAUUAACAUUCAUCAUUCCACACUCCUUGUCAACAAAGUGCUUUUUCACUGCCUAAAAUUUUAGAUGUAGAUAUUUGAAAUAGAUUUUUUCAUUUAUACCAGUUUUCUUUAUGAUGAUACAGUGUUAAAAGAAAAUAAAUUACAAAUGAUCUGUCA